AUGGAGGCUCUUGCAAUCGAGUGCGUCGACGCGAGCGAGCCGAGGCUCUCGGAGGCCGUCGCCGAGGCUGGCCGCAUCAUCACCGCCUCUGCGGGCGGCACGAAGCUGAGCGCGGUCCUGCAGGCCCUCGGGCCGAGCCUGACCUCCACCGACCACACGCUGCGUGCGCGCGCCACACGAGCGGUGGCACGCAUCGUCGGCGCGACCGACGCUGGCGUGCUCGACGCCGACGCGCUCGGCCACCUCGUCGACUUCCUCUGCGCUCGGAUGCACGACUAUGCGUGCGCGAGCGCCGUGUUUAGUGCGGCGUCGGCGGUGCUGCCGCUGCUCUCCGUCGCUCCGGGCCGCCGCGCGCAGAUCGCCACCGCCCUGCUCGAGGAGUGCGAUAUUCGGUCGCUGCCGCAGGCCGACCGCGCCGCCGCCCUCGGCCUCGGCCUCGGCCUCGCCAGCCCACCGUGGCUUGGCGGAGGCGGCGAGGGCGGCAGCGGCGAGGGCGGUGGCGAGGGCGGCGGCGAGGGCGGCGGCGAGGGCGGCGGCGAGGGCGGGGGCGAGGGUGGCGGCAAGGGCGAGGAGGUCGGCUCCAUCGGCGGCGUGCCUGCGGUGCGCUUCCUGCUCGGCUGCUUGCGCGCCUUCGACGGCGAGAAGGACCCGCGCAACCUCCUCUCCUUUCUGCAGCUGCUGCGGACCCUCUGCGCGCGGUGCGAGGCGGUGGCGGCCGCCGGCUGGUCCGAGGCGGUGGGCGAGGAGGACGACGCCGACGGGGCGAUGCAGGCGCUGCAGGCCCUCUCCCUGCUCGCCGCCGAGUACGGCGCCCCGCAGCUGCUCCACCACGCGCAGCCGCUCGGCGCCUCCCUCCGCGCGCAGCUCGCCGUGCUCGCAGCCUCCUCGACCGGUCGCUCCGGCGUCGCCGCCGCCUCGGCCGCCGAGCGGAGCGCGCGCCUUGCGGCGCUCAGCGCCGCAGUGCGCGCGAUGGCGGCCGUCUGCGCCGCUCCGGCGACCGAAGCCGCCGCCGCCGCCGCCGCCGCCGCCGCCGCCGCCCGUCCGCCGCUGCUCGAGCUCGCCUUGUCGCCGCUGGUGGAGCUCUGCGUCUCGCCGCCGCCGGCCGGCCCGUCCGCCUCCGACGCCUCCGAGCUCCUCUGCGCCGCGGCGGCCGGCUCUGCGGCGGCGGGUGCGCUGUGCCUGCGGCUCUGCCUGCCCCCGCUGCUGGCCGUCGCCACGGCGGAGGAGGAGGCGGGUGCGGCGGCGGGCGGCGGAGGGGGUGGGCGGCGGCGCACAGCCCAGGCCGACGCUCUGAGCGUGCUGCUUGCGCUCCUCCGGUCGGCUGGCAGACCGGGCGGGCAGGCAGACGCCGCGGCGGCCGAGGCGGCCGCUCACGCCGCUUCCCUGGUCGAGGGAGCGAGUCGGCUGCUGGGGCGGGAGGCGGCGACGUGGCGCGAGGCGCGAACCGCCGACGGCGACGGUGACGCCCGCCCCCCCCUCGGCCCCGCAGCGGCGGAGCUGCUCUGCCUCGGCCUCGGCCUGGCGGCGGGCCGGCUCGAGCCGAGCCUCGAGCCGAGCCCAGCUGCUGGCCCCGUCCGCCUCCUCGCCACUGCGAUCGUCGACGCGGCGCACGCGGCCAGCCCGGCCGGCCCGCAGCUCGCCGCCCCCGACGGCGCGCGCGCGCCUCCCUCUGCCGCCGCGGCGGUCGCCAGCGCGGUGGCGCAGCUGUGCGCCGCCUCGCGAGCCGCUCCCCAAGGCAGCUCCUCCGAGCGGUUGCUCGCAGCGGCGAGGCUGGAGGCGCUGCUCGAGGCGAGCCGCCCGCUGUGCGUCGCGCUGUGCCGAGCCGACGGCGGCUGGCUGAGGGAGGUACUCGCUUGGCUGCUCCCUGCCCCGGCGGCCGCAGGCGAGCCGCAGGACGGCGCGGCGCGGGCUUUGCUGGCGCCGCUGCUCGAGCUGGCUCUCGCCCACACGCACGCACGCACCCCGCUGCCCGAGGGGACGGUUGGCCUGCUCUUCGCGGCGUGCGACGGCGACGGGGCGGCCGGUGUGCCCGCCCCGCUACUGCCUGCGCUCUGCGUCGCGUCGAACAAGUGGGCGAAGGACGAGGAGCUCGCGGCGCUCAUCGACCGCGAUCAGGCGAUCCUCGACGCGGCGCUCGACGGCGGCGGCGGCGCUGCCGAGGCGCUCUCCAAGCUUCACCGCUGGGUCUGGCUGUCAAAGGCGGCCGUCUGUCGGGGGCAGGCCUUCGUCGCGCGGCAGCCGGCGGCGCUCGUCGGACUGAUCGAGCGGGCUGCCGAGCUCGCGGACCGAUCGACCAGCCCCGCGGUGGCGAUCGCCGCCGCCCGGUGGGUCGACACGGCGUGUGGCGGGCUCCGGAUGCUCGUGCAGCCCCCCGGGGCGCUGCUCCUUCGCGAGACGGGCGCGAGCUGCUCGCCGCUUCUCUCGCAGCGGCUGUCCGCCGCGCUCUUGCCGCGGCUCGCGCCGUCUUCAGCCGGAGAUCGGCCGGCGGGGGCGCCGGGUUCUGCUGCGGCGAGCUUGUGGCGUGUCCACGCAACUGUGAUGGUGCUCCUCGGCCUCCCAGCCGCCGCGCUGCCUCCGCUCCUCCGCCUCGCGCCCACCGCCAGCCUCUGGCUGAGGCACGUCCUCCAGCAUUGCUGCGACGGCGGCGAUGGCGGCGGCAACUCCGUCCCAAGAGCGCUGCUCGGGGGCGACGCCGCCGCAGAGAGAGUGGAGCAAGCUUUGGCGGUGAUGCUGGCUUUUGCGGGGAAGCUGCCCGAAGCCAACAACCGCGACGGCGCCCAGGCCGAGGCGGCUCUUGCCGAGGCGAUCCCGGCGGCGCUCCGCUUUGCCGGUCGUGCCACACAGCUGCUUCCGCCCGGCCCGGCGAGCCGCCUCACCGAGCGGGCCUUGCAGCUGCUCGACUCGGCCGCUUCCACGCUGCCUCCGCCAACCCUCUACCCGCUCAAGAAGCGGGUUCUGCGCGACCUGCAGGACCUGCUCGAUCACCGCAAGAGGGUGGUUCGGUCGGCUGCGUCGCGAUGCUCCAACCGGUGGCACGCCGUGAAGGGCUGA